GUUCCUACUUUGAUCAUCAUCCAUGUCUGCCGCGUAUUCUGUCGUUCUGGACCGUGAUGGAGAAGAUUCCCUUCAAUCCAUGUUUCUCUGGUUGAAGAGAUGCCAUACAUGUCCUUUCGAGACAUAUUCAUACCCAUCAUAUAUUUCAUGUUCUACUUUGGCUAACGCUAGCACUACUAGUAUAAUCUCGUGUCUUACUGACGGAGCAGAUUAGCGACGCUCUAGACUACUGGACAAAAACCAUUUGGAACUCUGGCUUAACACAGGAUGGCAUAUAACAAUAAUCGAUUGCACAGUCUCCUGAAUGCCAUCCUGCAUGCUAUAGCUUGUGACGCGAAAUAGAACCGUUUUAAGGGUAAACGAUCCCCCAACCAGCGGUUGGUUUUUUCAAUCCAAGAUUGGCAGCUCGAUGAGGACCGAAGUUACCAUCGGGCUUAGUGUUUUCGAAGAUGAUCUCUG